CACAGCAUGCAUGCAUGAAUCAUACAAAGUACACACGGCCGGACGGGACACACACACAAACCUGAAGGACUCGUCGCCAGUGUUCAAAACAUAAACACAGUUUCUUGUUGAAUUCCGUAAUUUUCAUAAAAGUUGACGAGUAUUAGUGUGGAGUUGAAGGCGAGAAUCUUCUGAGAGUGAAAACCUACAAACAGCGGGCCAGUGUUUGUGGGUGAUUAUGGUGAAACGAAAUCGGAAAUACUCGAAAAUAGCCGUGACAUAGUUUUCAGAGUUGGGACAUUCCACAACGUAAGUUGAUGUGGCCUACUGGAUAUAUGUUUGAUAGCAGUGUCUCGUUCUAGUGGUGAUGCUUUUCAGGGGUAGAGACCAGGAAGUUUGUCUAUGUUUUCAAACCGCAGUCAACAGUGGCAUCGAACUUAAUUAUCAACAGGACCCCAAGCAUACUUCCGCAUGACUACUGACGGUCCCCAUCAUUGACAGAAUGGCUGUUGGUGCAUGUAUAUCAAGGGGCUACCGCCUAGGUAAUCUACUAACCAUGGAAUCCAUCAGCCUGAUCCUACUUUUGCAACUUGUCGCUGUUGCUCAAAUUACUGCAGUUUCUUACGAACAAUUUGAAGUGACCCUCGACCCAGGUGGUGGCCUGGUGCCCCUUCAACGAAUGGCUCUGGACAAGUCCACAGAAACACUUUUUGUGGGAGCUGUGAACAGAUUGUAUAAACUUUCAAGUGAUUUACAGAUAGAGGGGGAAAAUAUCACAGGACCUGUGAACGAUAAUCAAGCAUGCCCACCACCCCCAAGAAGUUGUAGUGUGGCUACAACACCUACAAAUAACAUCAACAAAGCUUUAGUCGUCAAUGAGGAAGGGAAUCAGUUGAUUGUGUGUGGCAGUGUUUAUCAGGGUGUCUGCCAGGUACUUCGUUUGAAUGAUAUGAGUAUCGUUGAGCAGCCAUCUCGUGAAGUGGUUACCAACACUGAGCAGGGUUCUAAUGUUGUUUUUAUCGCUCCUGGACCAAGCGGGAUAGGUAAUUAUCUGUACAGUGCUGCAUCGCGUGCAAUGUGGUUAAGAGAUGUGCCAACAGUGGCAAAAAGACUUCUUAGUAGAAGUUUACUUGGAGGUUCAACGUUUGACCCCGUGGCUGAUAUACAGAUACCUGGGAACACCAUAGAUGAAACAGCAGCUGGCAAUACUUUUGACAUCAAUUACAUGUUUGGGUUUACCAGUGGAAAAUUUAGCUACUUUAUUGCAACACAACUUGAAAACUUUCGUGAAGUUGGGUCCCCACUUUACACAAAAAUUGUCCGCUUAUGCCAAGAUGAUACUUCAAUGUUAUUUUAUUCGUACAUUGAGCUUCCGCUGGUUUGCAAAGAUUCAGGUGGUGUUAAUUACAAUCUUGCGAAGUCGGCGUAUGUCUCUAAAGUAGGAACUGGAUUGCAUUCAAACAACAUUACGCAAGAUGAAGACAUUCUAUUUGUGACAUUCUCCAAAGAGUCAGUAAUUGGAGAGGAGUCAGUUGUAUGUAUGUAUCCAGUCAAGACGAUUAAUGAGCACUUUCUGGAGAGAGUGAAAGAUUGUGCCAACCAAGGGACUGAUACAACGGAGAUUGACUGGUUAGCGUCAUCAACAUGUGUUCAAUCAGAUGGCUUGAUUGACUUAGCAGACAGAGAUGGCUCGAACUACUGCCAUCAGUCAGAUACAAACCAACCUCUGGGUGGACUGAAAAUCCCUAUUGAAGCAAGGGCAAUCUAUUCCAACAGCGGUGCCAUCACAGCCAUUGCAGUCACACCACAUUUUGAGGCAACAGUGGUCCUACUUGGUGAUGAAUUAGGUCACUUGAAGAAGCUGCGUGUUCAAUCACUGACUGAAGCCCAGCUUUAUGAAGAGCUUCCCGUUGUAGAAGGUAGCCCCGUCGUCCAGAACGGAUUGAUGUUUGACAAGAACAUGAAUUUUGUCUACUUCAUGACCGAGAGAAAGAUCAGCAAGGUCCCCAUACAGACCUGUGAGACAAUGACAACCUGUGAAGAAUGCCUGUCAGCUGGAGGGAGCGUUGGAGACCCACACUGCGGAUGGUGCCCAUUGCUAACAAGAUGCACAAGGCGUCUUGAUGGAGAGUGCCCCGGUGCCUCUUCAAUGACCAAUCACUGGAUAGGAGAGAAAUCCCAAUGCAUCAAGAUCCAAUCAGUGACUCCGCCCAGCAUUCCCAGUGACUCUGCACCAACAGAGCUUGAGAUCCUGGUGACAAGUCUUCCCAAACUCAACAGCAGCUUGGACUAUUCCUACGAGUGUGUGUUUGGAGAUCUUGGCUCAACGGCCCUGGAUGCCAGUAUGACUGAACCCAUUGGGAACUCCUCAGUCAAUUGCCACUCCCCUGAUACAACCAAUGUACAGCUGUUUGAACAAGGCUCUCUGUCCAUACCGCUGUCCAUCCGAUCCACGGAGACUGAUAUGCUCAUCGUCAACACAACCUUUGACCUGUACAACUGCAGCGCAUUUGAUAGCUGUACCAAAUGUGUAGACAAUGCGUUCAUGUGUAACUGGUGUGUCCAUGAGAAUCGGUGUAUGGGUGAUUCCAGCAGCUGUAUCGCAACUGGUGUGGUUGGAUAUCGGGAGGGAAACACUAAUACUACGGGUAAGGAGUUUUGCCCAAGAAUUGAGCUUGGCAGUGGUGUAGAAAUUCUUCUCCCUGCAGGUGAAACCAGCGAGUUUAGUCUCAUUGCUGCUCGACUUCCUGUAGAGGAUGGAUACGAGUGCGUCCUGAGGUAUGAAGACAGAGUGAUCACAACGCCAGCCACAAAGAUGGGAGAUAACGCCAUCAUGUGCUCUCCAAGGAAGUACAACUACACUUCAACUGAAAGCUUCAUAAAGGCUAAGUUCAGCAUGAGAUGGAAUGACGGAAAGUUUCUCUUGGACAACCCUUCUGACAUACACGUUACCCUCUACAAGUGUGCAAUGCCAAGAACUAACUGUGGCAAAUGCCUUAUGCUGGAUAGCAAGUUUGAUUGCGGUUGGUGUGAGAGUACCAAAGAGUGUUCCAUGGAGUCAAGGUGUGGCCAGCAGGAGACAUGGCUGAAUGGGGAAGACGGUUUAUGUCCUGAUCCUACUGUCAGCUCGUUUCAUCCUCAAAGUGGUCACAUUCGAGGGAACACCAACCUGACUAUCUUGGGUUACAACUUGGGCAAGAGCAGAGAUGAUGUUAUAGAGAUCAGAGUAGCUGGAAUCAAAUGUGAUGUUAAAGAGUACAGCGAGGCGGAGAGAAUCGUCUGCCUGACCCAAGCAAGUACAGAGGUUACAGCUGGACCUGUAAGAGUCAUGUUAGGCAAAAACAAUACCACAACGGAAGAGGCCAUAUCCGAAGACGACUUUGCAUACGUGAUUCCGGUAAUAACCUCCUUCAGACCGGCCGAUGGACCCAAGUCAGGAGGAACCAGGAUCACGUUGUCUGGAACCGACCUGAACGCAGGAAGCCAGCAAAGUAUCAUAGCAGCAGGCAUGCCGUGCAGUCUCGAUGGACCCACAAAUGUGUCCCAGAUUAGCUGCAUAACAUCACAGUCUGAGGAAGGCACUACGGGUUCGGUUAUGAUGACCUUUGAUGAUCUCGGUGAGGUCAGGAGUGAUAGUAACUUCUCAUACGCAGCCGACCCUAUAGUAAACAGUGUAAAUCGGAUGACCACUAUACUCAGUGGUGGAUUAUUAGUGGAAGUGAAUGGUGAUCAUUUGAAUGUGAUUCAAGAGCCUCAGAUGGUGUUUUAUGUUGGGCCAGAUCUUCCGCCAGUUAAACCAUUGAACUGUUUCGAUGUCCAAGACACAGCAAUGACUUGCAAGACGCCAGAUUUAAGUGAUUUCCUCGCCCCAAGCAACAACUCGCGACUAUCCUCACCUGAGUUGGGUGUGGUCACCUUUGGCUUCAUCUUAGAUGGAGUAGAGAUGUACAAGGAGAAUGAGGAUUACAGGAUGACUGUUUAUUUAGAUCCAGAGUAUUUCCGGUUUGAGGAGGAGGGAUCCAUCAAAGAGGUGCAGUUCGGAGCACGGACGAUGAUUACUAUUCAGGGUCGCUAUGUGAAGGAAACAUACCAAGAGAAGGACGUCAAAGUGUUUGUUGGGAGUAUGGAAUGCAUAUCAUUAACGCAGAAGGGAAACAACCUGACGUGUCCUGUUCCAGUCAACGAUCAAGGAGAUGAGAUCUAUGAUGUCAGGGUGGAACAAGGCAACCUGAAUGUGACUGUGGGUCGUCUGAAGUACCUCCCGCAGCAGCUUUCUCUCUACAUCAUCAUCGGGGCGGUGUGUGGAGGAGCUUUCCUCAUCAUCAUCAUCCUCUUUAUUGUCUGCAUCUGUCGUCGCAUCAGCGCCAACGAGAGACGCUUCAAGAAGAUGGAGGUGCAGAGGGACGAGAUGGAGAUGAGAGUCGCGCAGGAAUGCAAAGAUGCCUUUGCCGAGUUGCAGAUAACUGUUUUAACAGUGAAUGAUGUAGAGGGAUCUGGAAUUCCAUUCCAUGAUUACAGAGACUACGCUGCGAGAAUCCUCUUCCCUUGGAACCCUAACCAUCCGGUCUUCCGGGAGAUACCAGUCAGUAAAGAGAAUAUCACUGGAAUCAAACGCGAUGUCCUCCAGAAGGGUUUGGUCCAGUUUGGCAACCUGAUCGGGAACCAGACCUUCCUGACCAUCUUCUUACACACCCUAGAAGCCCAGAAGACCCUGAGUCUGAAGGAUCUUAGCAACAUCGCCUCCUUGCUGGUCAUCGCUCUCCACAACCGCAUGGACUUCCUCAUGGAGGCCAUCAAGUCUCUGCUGCAGGAGAACAUCCAGAAGUAUGUCGACCAGGGCUGCCCUCAGCUUCUCCUCAGGAGGAGUGAAGCAGUUGUUGAGAAGCUUGUUUCUCACUGGUUAUCAUUAUUGAUGUAUGACUCACUCAGAGAGAGCAUGGGCAAGCCUUUAUUCCACCUCUUCUAUGCUAUCAAACAACAGGUUGAUAAAGGUCCAGUGGACUCCAUUACCGGCGAGGCACGCUAUGGUCUGAGUGAGAUGAAAGUUAUAAGACAACAAAUUGACUUCAAGACACUGAACAUAUUCACAGCUGGUCUAGAUGUGACUGCAGAACCCAUCCAGUUGAAGGUGUUGAACUGUGACACCAUCUCUCAGACGAAAGAGAAGAUUCUUGAUGCUAUCUACAAAGCGUAUCCCUACUCCAAACGACCCUCACGAGAUGAACUUGAUCUUGAGUGGAGUGACAAGCCCCAGGGGUCUGGUAGUAUGGUUUUACUGGAUGAAGAUGUCCGUGGUAGACUCGAUGGUGAAUGGAAACGAGUCAACACACUAGCACACUACCAGGUUCCUGAUGGUGCAACGCUACGCCUAGUUAGAGCCCAGAUCAAUGGAGGGUCUCUUCCAAACUCACCAGCAAGAAAAUAUGGUCUAGGCACUUUACAGACAAGUCCAGCCACCUCAGCAUCUCCCAUCAUUGACCCUGAGAGGGGAUCAAACCAGUGGCAUCUUGUCAAACACGUUGACUCUGGAAGUCUAAGGAAAGGAGAGCGGGACCAGAAGAUGAUGGCCGAGAUCUACUUGCCGAGGUUACUCACUACAAAGGGAAUCUUGCAGCAGUUUGUGGAUAACCUUCUGGAGACCAUCUUCAAGUGCGACAAGUAUGACUCAGAGGUCCCUCUGGUCAUCAAGUACUACUUUGACUUCUUGGAUGAUCAGGCACGAUUGCAAGGCAUCACUAACCCGGAUGUGGUUCAUGGAUGGAAGAGCAAUAGUCUUCAGUUGCGAUUCUGGGUAAAUCUCAUAAAGAACCCAGACAUCUUGUUCGACAUAAACAAGUCUGGGACAGUAGAUGCCUGCCUGUCAAUCAUUGGCCAGACGUUGAUUGACGCUUGCUCUGUGUCUGAACAAACACUCACCAAGGACUCACCGUCUAACAAGCUACUGUAUGCCAAGGAUAUCCCAACCUACAAGGAAUGGGUAGCAAGCUACUACAAGGAGAUCAACAAUAUGGCCGCUGUGAGCGAUCAGGACAUGGGUGCCAUGCUGGCUGCUCACACCAAUAAGUAUCAGAAUGAGUUUCAGCCGCUUAAUGCGCUCAAUGAGUUGUACUUCUGCUAUGCAUGCAUCUACAAGAGCGAGAUCCUCCAAGCUCUCGAUGAGGACAAGGACGCCCUGAAGUUGAACCUCGGCGAUCGUCUUGAGGACAUCUUCCGUCUGAUGGCCGACUCUGCAUGACAAUUAUUGAAAGAGUCCCAGGUUUAAUUGCAUCUUCAACUUCCACAAUAAUCAGCAAAAUCUAUCAGACAGACCACGGCUGAGUGAUGUACCUCACUGAUAGCGAUAACUGUUCGAUAUCGUUAUUGUCCACUUGUGUAAAAGAAGAAACCCCUAAACGGAAUAGGUAAAAAAAAAAAAAAAAAGUGUUCCGUUGUUGAAGUUAACCCUAAAGUUCAAGUUUUUUUUUUUCAUUGUUGUUCAAAUGUUGGUUUCUUUAGAGUCCCCAUGUUUUGUUUGAUUUGGAUAAAAUAGGUAUUGUUUUGUUUUUCCUUGGAGUUUCCAUGUUUUGUUUGAUUUG